AUGUGCUCCAAGAAGGACUCCGAGGUUAUCACCAUCAAGAAGGCCUGCCUGGUGGCGGUAGACGUAUUCAAUAAGUACCUCAAGGAUCACAUCAUGGAGAUUAUCGAUAAGAAAGUAAAACAUGCCAAACUGUCGGAGGGUGUCGAGCAGGCUCUGACGCCUCCGGUGUGGAUACCAACUAGUUGGACAUCUGUUACCCGGCGAUUAAUCAGUCGGUUUUCACUACAAAUUGGACGUCGGGGUGAAUGCCGUGUAUUGGCUGAAUCCUUGGACGGAUUUAAAUGUCUUCUCAAGUAUCUUACUGAGAAGAAGCACAAAUUUUUUACUUACGACACCAAAACUGAACGUGUGUUCAAGGUUGUCAUGAAAGGACUGCCCAGUGGUGAAUCCCUGGAUCAGAUCAAAGAUGAACUGGCAAAAUUACUUGGAGUUGUGCCACUCCAAGUAAUCAAAAUGAAAAUGAAAUCCCGUCCUGGCGAUUCGCGCAACGGGAUUUCUAAUGAUUUUUAUUUAGUUCACUUCAAGUCUAGUGAACUAAACAACCUUAAGGCCUUAGAAAAAGCUAGCCUUAUGCUCCAUGUCCGAGUGAAGUGGGAACACUUCAGGAAGACUGGAGGAAAUUUCCAAAACCUCACUCAGUGCCGUAAGUGCCAGGGAUGGGGUCACGGAACUAAAAAUUGCUACAUGCCAGCUAAAUGCAUGAAUUGUGGUGAUUCCUCUCACGCAAAGGACGACUGUCCUGUGAAGGAAGAUCCUAAGAAAUUUAAAUGUUCAAAUUGUGGUGAAAACCACAAAUCCAAUUUUUGGGAAUGUAAGACUCGCAAAGCGAUCCUACAAUCU